AUGGACAGCGCUGGAAAUACAGCUCCGGCCGCCCGCAAAACCCGGACCGCGGCGGCGGCGGCGGCAGGCACGGCGCGGGCACGGGCACCGCACCGGCACGCGGGGCCCCAACUCCGGCGCUGGCGGCCCCGGGGAAGGGAGGAGGGAACAGAUACAGGGCCCACGCGUGCUGUCAAGCUCGCCAAGAUACCUUUGCAUCACAAACUGCAAACAGUGAAGAAACUGGGGGAACCUGCUGCCCGCCGAAAGCCGCGCCGGGGCCGGCCGGGCAACGGCGCCCGCCCCAAACAGGGCGCCUGCGCCCCGCAGUUUCCCAGCCCGCCCGCCAGCCGGGCCCGCGCCCCCCUCGGCGAGCUUCGAAGUCCCGCUCAGCCCCGCUCGCCUCUCUGGGCCUCCGGGUCCCGACCCCGUGCUGGGCUGAUAGCAGAGGUAGAUGCCACCCCCGCCUCCCCAGCGGCUGGGGACCUGGCUGGGAUGGGCCUUGAGGCAGGAUCCGGGGAGAAAACCAAGCUAGCGCGCUCAAGGCCGUCUCCGAGAGUGUCCAGCCUCUCUGGGCCUUCCCAGAGGGGAACGGGAGCCGCCUCCCGCAGCUCAGGGACGGCCGGGGUGAGGAGGAGAAGGGGUGCCAAGGGCCACAGCGAGGGCAGAGGCCGCGAGGCGCCUGGGAAGGAGCCAGGAAGGAGGGGCCGAAGCAGCAGCUCCCCACCCCCGCCGGCGCCUGGGAUCGCGGCCCGCGGAGAGAGGCUGACAGGCGGCAGAUGGCACACGCUGGGGGAUGGGGGCGAUUGGCCGCGGCUCCGGGGUGCCCCCGCCGCGGGCUGCCUCUCCGAGGGGGAGGGGGCGGAGACCAGCCCCCGGCUUGCCCUCCCGGGCUCUCUGGGGGGCUGGAGACUGCGGAUCGUACCCAGCCGGGAGCCGGGAGAGAGGGGGCGGGGUGGGCCAAAGGAGCGCGCGGUGGGGAAGGGGCUGCUGGAGGAAAGGAGGGGUCACCGGGAAGCGAGGACUGGCUGGAGACCCGCGGCGCUGCCCUUUUUCCACCCUGGGGAACUGCGGAAGCCCCAGAGGGCAGAGGCAGGGCUGCAAGACGCCCUUGGGUCGGGCAGGAGGGAGGCCACCCAGAAUGGGCCGCCGCGCUCCGGGCGGCUUGCACCGCGCCAGGGUCGUCUCAGCCAGGCGGGCGCUCUGAAGCGAGACGGAAUGUGGUUCCAGCAAGAUCUCGGCCCAGCCGGGGGCUCGGGAGAAAGGCUCCAGGGGGCAGCCUGCAAAGACCGCUCUGAGCACUAA